UUUUUCUUGCGCUCGCAUUAUCAAACAAGUCAAUGCGAUCAAGCCGGUUAUAACAUUUCCAGUGAGCGACUUGGAAGUCUUUGCGCUCAUUGUGCUCUGGGGAGGAAGAAAGGCUUCGCUGGGUGCGAUAAGAGUCUUGACAUCAUUUCCGACGUCGAUAUAAUACCCUAAUUUUUCUUUUAACCACGGCUUCAAGCUCUGAGGCGAGCGUGCCACUUCUUGUAUACGCUUCUUCCGACGACGAGGACUUUUGUUGGAGGGUUUCUGGCGAAAGCGAAGGGGAAAGACAAAGCGCUAUGGAUUCGAAGACCGCAGAUACGAAAACCACGGCGAUCGAGACGCAUGAUCGUGCGCUUGAAAAUGGAGAGGAUUAUCGCAGGUCUAGCGAUGGAUUGGAGAUUAAUGAACAUGGAAAUGGGACUACUGAGACGAAUAGCGACGAGCUAAGGGCCGCGAAUAGCGGAGGAGAAGCCGUCGAUGCGGUUGUUCUAGAGCAAGCUAUCGAGGCUCUGGAGUCCAAGAAAACGAAAUGGUAUGCGUAUAUGACUACGAAGGAGUUUUGGGCUGUGUUGCUUCUUGGACAAGUCCUCGCUCUCUGCAUCACAGCAACAAAUACAUUCUCCACCCUCCUCGUCAACAAGGGAACUUCUAUCCCUGCCUUCCAGACCCUCUUCAACUACGUCGUUCUCACCGCUAUAUACACCACAUAUACCGUCUUCACCUACGGCCCCAAGAAAUACUUCAAGCUCCUCUUUGUCGAUGGAUGGAAAUACAUCAUCCUGUCGUUUAUGGACGUUGAAGGGAACUACUUUACCGUAUUGGCCUACCGAUAUACGAACAUUCUUUCCGCACAACUGCUGAAUUUCUGGUCCAUCGUCUGUGUAGUGAUUGUUUCCUUUGUCCUCCUACACGUACGCUACAAAUGGGCCCAGAUUCUCGGGAUCCUGAUCUGUUGCGGCGGUAUGGGCAUCCUUCUCGCAUCCGACCACAUCACGGGCUCGAACGGUGGCGAUCCGCCCACGCAGCUGAAGGGCGAUCUCUUCGGUCUCGCUGGCGCAACUUUCUAUGGCCUCUCUAACGUCUUCGAAGAAUGGUUCGUGAGCAAGAGGCCGAUGUACGAGGUCUUGGGCAUGUUAGGUUUGUUCGGAAUCAUCAUCAACGGGGUCACGGCUGCGAUCUUCGACCGCGGAUCUUUCCAAUCCGCAACCUGGGACGGGCAGGUCGGUGGUUAUAUCGUCGGAUACACCAUAGCGCUAGCCCUCUUCUACUCCCUUGCCCCGCUCAUCCUCCGAAUGGCAUCCGCCGCGUUCUUCGAUAUAUCCUUGCUCACGGGCAAUUUCUGGGGCGUUAUUAUUGGCAUUCAUGUUUUUGGACAGACGAUCUACUUCCUAUAUCCCAUUGCGUUCGUGCUGAUCAUCUUGGGUUUGAUCACGUAUUUCCUAGCGGGAAGCAUGCUGGGCGACGCGAAGAAACCGUGGCUUGGCAAGAAUCAGGAGAAGGGAGUUGCGGGUAUAGGGACGGCGAAACUGAAGGCCAUUAAGAAGGCAAGACGGGAGGGCAUGCUGACUGGAGAGCAUGUCGUAUAGGUUCGUUGUCUUUUUUGGAAUUGCGGGGAAGCGUCGAGUUCAGGAAUCGUUUUACAUAUCUCGUUAUAUGUUUCGUUUUCAUGCCAUCUCUUUAUAUAUACCAUAAUACCACGAUCUCAGAAUACUUACUAAAGCAUCUCUACAUACCUGGUC